CUUCUCACUUCACAUACUUAAACCUCAAAAGUUUCCUAAAAAAUCCAAAAAUGAAGAAUCUCGCAAUUCUUGUUGUUGCCAUGAUACUCUUCUCAAGCUGUGUCACAUCUCAAGUCACAGCAAAAAAUGUGGAUUCAUUUCCAUUACGUACUGAAGAGCUCGAAUGGUGGCAUUACAAUCCUUUCUACCCUCACUUUUACCCUAAGCCACAUUGGCCAUUCCCCACCACCGGAAAGGCUCUCCCACCAAUCCCAGCCGGCUUCCACCCGAUUCCAUUCCAUCCACCACCGGUUGUAACCAAAUGCUUGGCCGAUUGCAAGGAUGUAAAAACAUGUUUGGCGGAUAUCGCUAAAGCUUUCUUCACCCGCAAACCAGCUAUUGGAUUGGAUUGUUGCGCCUCCAUCCAGAAGAUGGAUGAAGAUUGUGAUAAGACUGUCUUUGGAGCCUACCACAACCCUUUCUUUGACUGUGUGGUUAAGCUUCAUUGCUCUACCAAAGCUAAAUCCACUCCGUCUGCUCCCACUCCAGCUUAGGGUUUUAAUUAGGAAUUUAUUAGAAUUAGAAGUACUGAUUUCUCUUAGCUAGUUUCUUUCUUUCUUUCUUUUCAUUUUAAGUUAUGUUUUUUUUUUCACUUUUUAUUAUGCU